AUGCACACUAAAAAUUCCCUCCGUCUUUCAUUUUCUCUCCUACUCUUAUUGGCCGUAGAGACAGUUGCCGAUGCCGAUGAUACUGAUUUUCUUAUGAAUGUCUUCUCUGAUCUUGGCCGUGUCCUGGCAUUAUUCGGUGAACAAUUUGCUCGACAAUUCCUUAGUGAGACCUUUACCUGGUACGAUCAUGUUAUCUUCGCGUGCGUUACUUUGGGCAUCAUGACAGCGAUUGCUGGUGCCAUUCGGGUCCAAGGCCACAAGUUUCUCAAGGCCUUCAUCGGUCGUGCUCGUGAGAACAAAGCAGCUGCGGAGAUUGAGUACAUGUCUUCCACUUCAGCCGAAGUCGGUGAACUCUUCAAUGGAAAGGGCAUCGUGCGAACAAUGGGAGAGCCCGAAAUUGCGCAGUUUAUCGUAUUCCCUGAUGAACUCCUGAAGGAGAAGAAGGGUGCACAAAAUCAAUCAUAUGGCAUACAUACCCUCAAGUCCGCAUCUCAAGAAGGCAUUCUAUACAAGGAAGGCUAUUGCGAUGAACUUGAUCUAGCAGCACAAAAUUGGUUAAAGUCAUUCAACGGUACAGUGACUCGUAAAAGGGGUAUCGAGCAAGCAGAAGACGAAUUUGUUCAUUCUAUCUCAAGAAUUGAAAGAGCAAACCCAUUAGAAAAGAACGAUAGGUUUCCCAAGUAUUGGGAAUCCCUGAAGUUUCCUAAUCUACAGCUGAACAUUGCAACCAAAAAGAUAUCGCCAAGAAGGAGAAGUAUUGAACUACACUUGGCCGCCAUUGUUGCAGUCAUUCUCCAGGCCUCCCUUCUUGUUAUAGCUGGUGUCGUCCCUUACCGUGCUCAUGGCUACGAGACUCAACCAUGGGGGCUUCCCUGCUACAUCGGCGGCUCAGUCCUUCUUUUCAUUGGUAUGCUUGCAUGCUCUGUUGCCAUUGAGCGAAGCACCAAAGAGUUCAAAUGGCGGCCGAGCUCAGGCAUCACUAAUAAGACGCAAUACUCCUCUGAAGUCCGGCGUCAGUCCAUGGAUUUGUUUUGGGUACAACGGAAGCAGCGAAUUGAGAUCGGUCAGAUUGAUGACAACGCAUCGAAGAAUAUUCCACAAGCGAACAAACCAGCCCGAUCUGCUGAAGAUAGGGGAUUGGAGUCAGACUUUCUGGCGGUAACUGCGAUAUUGGCUGGUGGCGCCGGUUUCACAAUCCAGUUCAUUGGCCUCGGGGGACUGCCAUGGCCUUGCGCUGUUGCUCAGCUUGGCGCCAUCAUCGCUAUGGCUAUCAUCAGAGCCCUAGUUCGUCGAAGACUCGGAGACGAUCCAAGCUAUUGCCAUGCACCUUCUCGGUAUGAGCUAGACCUCCUUGCUACUCAACUCGCCGACUACUCAAGGACACGGCUGCCUAAUCAGCCACUGAGGCCCUCACAGAAAGACUGGACAUGGAGAGUCGAUACGGCAAAACAUCGACUACAGAGUAUAUACUGGUUCCGUAUUGGAAACUGUCUAAAUCCAAGCGCCUCUGGUUCGAAUCACGAGGAUUCUUCAUCUUCACAGUCCGAUCAAUCGAACGAGGCCCAGCAGAUCAUGCUUGUUCGAAAGCGACUAGGAGAUCUAGUUCGGUGGGAGACGGAGGCAUUCAAGCUGGCUCUGGCAUUAGCUCGUUCCAUCGAGCGAUUUUUGGACGAGUUUAUGCCCGUUGCAGAACAGAACCUCGUAGAAUGGAAAGUCCCUAUGAGAGAUUCAAAGGAUAACCGUUCUGCUGUGACACUUGCAGUCACUAAGAAGGGCUCCAGUGGCUGGCAGAUCAAAGUUGGCGAAGUUGAAGCCAUCUUGUCACUAUGGAUGGCCCACCUGGAAGCGACCAAAGUUGUACAAACGAAAGACAAAGAAAAGUCUGAUUGGCAAAGAUCCAAAGCUGGUACAGCACUGGGAGUUGAUUAUUGCAGGAUCCUCGGACCAAGUGACCAAUGCGGUGUCUUAGAGCGAGACAUCAAGUGGUGGGUGGGCAAUUCUGCUCUGACCGAGAUCACUAUGGCCAAAAGAAUGGACGAGGAAGCGACUGACCCUGGGAAUCGAACUUGCGAGGCUUCAUAUCAUUGCAAGGAUCCAGGACAUGAUGAUGUUAAGAUAGUUAUAGGUUUUGUGGGGCCACUCAAGCCUGAGAAUAAGCCCAAGUUACUCGUGCAGCACUCUACAGCUGGGUUGGCCACCAUUGCUGCACAGCACCUUUUUACGAGUUUCCUAUGGACCAUUGUUGAUCUGGAACAACUACCAAAAGACGUCCUCGACCAAGGCUCCAUAAAUAUCCAUGAAUAUGUCAGUAUUCAGCCACCCAAGCCGUUAGAUCUAGAAUCUACCAAACUUGGCAUAAGCCGAAAGCUGAGUCAUACCAAACUGACCAGAUUCGCUCUUCAUGCCGAGAAAGAGGGUCUUGGAGUACUGGAUGACAUUCUUUUGUGCCUCAUCCCUAUCUUCAGCCUGAAAGAUGUUCUUCCCAACGACGCUGUGCUGAAGCUUGACUUGCCUGGCCUAGGUGGGCAAAGUGUGUGGGCAAAAGACGCAUCGAUUUACUUGGCGUUCCUCAAGUUCAUAACUAAGGAUUCUGAGUGCAAUUUCGACGACUACCUUUCUUUGGCAACUGUAGUCCAUGCACUAGACUACAUCUACCUUAUGUCCCUCAAUAGUGAAAAUAUGGCGUAUGGUAAGGCGUUGUCUCGAGAGAAUGAUACGGUCGCCAAGUCCCUUUCGAAUAAUCACAUUGCAGACUGCAAGCGUCUGAACCGACAGUCUUCUGGCGACCUGCGAAAGCUAAUGGAAUAUCUCUCUCUAUUCUUCCCUGACGUGAUCAAGAAGCUCAGGGUGUUUUACAAGCUACAGGGGCGUGAAGACUGUUUUUACGAGCUUGAGAGCUACUGUGAAAAGGAAACGCAGAUUGGACCUCAUGGGGCUGGAAACGGCAACGAAACCUUGAUGAGACAAAUCAGGUUCACUACACUCCAUUUUCAGGCUUCUAAAAUGGUUCCUAUCAAUCUAAGUUUGUUUCAAGGGAAAGACUGGAGAAAGCGAGACAUCUUUGGCUGGACAGCUCUGCAUUAUGCUGCCUCUUGCAAAGAGUUCGAAUUUUUCGACGAGCGCCAGCAUCCCGUCAUGCCUAACAAUGACCUUCCUGGUGAUCUCAAAGCCCUGCUACAACAUGAUCACCCACAGACCUGGUGGCUCGACAAUUUUGGCAGGAGCCCAGUUCAUGUGGCUUCACUUACUGGAAAUCACAGCUUCUUGGAGAAGGUAUUAGGAAGCUUGUUAGUGAAAGAAUUAAGAUCCAGCUUGGAAGCGAAAGGAUCAGACGGUAUGACUCCCGUGCACCUUGCAAUGGUGGGAGGUCACGCAAAUUGUAUUGCGGUCAUCAAAAAAGCUAUCAACCUACAGGAACUUGAAUUGCCGAUGGAGGCUUGGAAACGGAAUCCAAUUCAUCUCGCUGUUGCCAAGGGCGAAUAUGGAUGCUGUAAGGAGCUGAUUUGCGACGAAAGUCUUAACUUCAAACCAUAUGCUCUCGAUAUUCAUGGGAGAUCUCUCUUCUCGUACCUUGACGAAGCCAAUGGAGAACAAAGAUCAGUUUGGUGCCUGCUUCUCAAGGUUCACUCAAAACUCUUUAACAACAAAUACAACGAAGGUCAGUCUGUUUGGCACUAUGGGAUCAAAUUUUUGGGUGAAGAGGCAAUCGAUAUUUUGCAAGAUCAGCAUCUAUCAACCAUCAACGCCAGCAAUAAUUCUGGCCAAACUCCUCUACAUCUGGCAAUCCAACUUCAGAGCCAACGGAUUUCAGUCGUUUACUGA